UCCCACACCAGUUCUAGAGCAUUCUAACCUCAUUGUCUCUAAGCAGUGCAAAUUCUCCGAUUUUUGUGAAAGUUUCAAAUAUGCCCAAGGUGCGACGUAGCAAAAAACCGCCCCCAGAGGGUUGGGAAUUGAUCGAGCCAACUCUUGAUGAGUUGGAGCAGAAAAUGAGAGAAGCCGAGACUGAAUCACACGAAGGCAAACGAAAAAACGAAUCUUUAUGGCCCAUAUUUAAGAUCCACCAUCAGAAAUCACGAUACAUUUAUGACCUAUUUUACCGAAGAAAGGCAAUAAGCAGAGAGUUGUAUGACUACUGUCUUGUGGAAAAUAUCGCCGAUAAGAAUCUGAUAGCCAAAUGGAAAAAGCAAGGUUAUGAAAAUUUGUGUUGCUUGAGAUGCAUACAGGCAAGAGACACGAAUUUCGGGACAAAUUGUAUUUGUAGGGUGCCAAAAGGGAAGCUUGAAGAGGGCCGUAUCGUUGAAUGCGUUCAUUGCGGAUGUCGAGGAUGCUCGGGAUGAAGAAAAUCACAUUUAUUUUACUAUUUUUAAAUUAUUACAUGUCUAGUUUAAUAAAAAUUAUAAAAUGA